AGUUGACACACAACUUUCCUUUAUCCAACUACUCGACUCCAAAACCAUUCCUUUAUAAAUAUCCAAAAAAAUUUAAAAGAAAAAGCUGCCCAAUCAAAUCCACCUCCAAGAGCUCAAUUUUGGAGGAGUAGCCAAAAAAAAAAAAAAUGCAUGCAAAUUUUCUCAUCCCCAUUAGUUUGGGACCCCAAAUUGGCUCGCUACGCACAGUCCUACGCCAACAAACGGCGUGGGGAUUGCGCCCUCCGCCACUCCAGCGGACCUUACGGCGAAAACAUCUUCUGGGGCAGCGGCAAUGCCUGGACUCCAGCACAGGCCGUCGCCGAUUGGGUAUCGGAGCGCAAAUGGUAUAGUUAUUGGGCAAAUUCUUGCGUGGAAGGUGAACUAUGUGGUCAUUAUACUCAGAUUGUGUGGCGGUCGACACGGCGGAUUGGGUGCGCUAGAGUCUGUCUCUUAUACACAUCUAGAUGUGUAUAA